AUGUGUAGUUCUGUGUCGUCUGCUUCUACAAGUGAUUAUUACAGUGACGGGAACUGUCCAACUUCUCACUUUGUUCUCGUGUCCCAGCUUGUGGUGGCGGCGGUGGUGGUGGUGUUGGUAGCAAAGACUAGUGCCACGGAGUUCGGUGCUCGCCUGCCCCGACCCCCAAAAACGCCCGCCCCAUCUCCCCACUCCAAGGUGCUCCCGAAACAUGCUUUGUCCUCCCCACCACGCCCAAGCACCACCCCACUCCACACUACACCUCCUACUCCCAAGAAGCCAACUCAAGCUCCCCACUCCAAGCCAGGACUAUUAGUGGCCUCAAGACAUAUCCUGACCACUCAACGACCUACUCACCACCCGCACUCUAGGGCCACUCACAGCCCACGUCUGCAGCCCACUCGUCCGUCCAACCCAAAGUCCACCCACGCACAUUCAAAAAGGAAUAAUCCAGCUCCCUCAAAACCCACUAGCCCAACCCAUUCCAAGCUCACUCACCAGCCCCAGUCCAAGCCCACUCGCAAACCCUACCUCAAGCCCACUCACCUAGAACACUACAAACCGACUCACCCGCCAAAUCUCAAGCCCACUCAAUCACCCAACCUGACUCACCCACCUAAUCCCAAACCUACUCACCAAGCCAACUUGAAGCCCACUCGGUCAGCUCACUCCAAAGCCACUCAUCCUACUCAUCCUACAAUCUACCUCAAGUCCAUUUAUCCUCAUCCAAAGCCCACUUCUUCAUCACCACCAAAGCCCACUCAAUUUCACUCCCACUCCACCCACCACCCAAACUUCCAGCCAGAAGUAAGGAUCACUCACCCACCCCACUCAAAACCCAUCAACCCACCACAAUUGAAAAGAACCCACUCAUUGCUCUCACAACCCACUCAUCUCUUCUAUCCAAAGCCCUCUCAUCCAACUCACCCAUCCCACUCAAAGCCCUCUCAUCCAACCCACCCACCCCACUCAAAGCCCUCUCAUCCAACCCAUCCAUCCCACUCAAAGCCCUCUCAUCCAACCCACCCACCCCACUCAAAGCCCUCUCAUCCAACCCAUCCAUCCCACUCAAAGCCCUCUCAUCCAACCCACCCACCCCACUCAAAGCCCUCUCAUCCAAUCCACUUAAAAUCCACUCACCCACUACAUUCAACACCCACUCACCUCUCCCAUCCAAAGCCCACUCACUCACCACACCCAAAAAGGAGCCACCCAUUACACCCAAAGUCCACUCAUCCAACCCACUCAAAACCCACUCCCAGAAAGCCCACACACCAACCUCAUCGAAAGCCUAAUUACCCACCACAUCCACAACCCACUCACCCACCACGCCCUAAAAGAACUCAUCCGUCCUCCACAAAGCCCACCCACCCACCACCAAGCCCAGAACACACUCAUCCAACACACCCAAAACCCACACACCCUUCUAAACCAAAGCUCACCCGCCCACUGCACAUCAAACCCACCUAUAAACAAUCUCCUGAACCCACCCAUCCAUCACAAUCUGAACCCACUAACCCACCAACCCCAAAACUCACUCAUUCACUCCACCAUAAGCCCACUCAUCCUCACACCCCUCCUCCAAAACCCCUGCCAGUCCCAUACCCUGUUCCCCUCCAGUCUUUCUCUCUCAAGAUGCGCCCUGCUGCUCACUCCCUCUCCCCAAACUCAGUUCCAGCCCUUCCCUCCCUGUCCCGGCCCCCCAGUGAGUUGUCCCUCAUCCCCUCCCUCAUCAAGGACAUUCUCAACCCUAGCAGGUUAAGGUUCCUUUUCUGA